AUGCUCGCUGUCUUCAUUCCUGAGCGCAAUAGGCAUCCGCGCCUCUUCCGCGCAAAAUACACCGAGGAGCUAAACCUAGACACACUGGAGGACUGUCUCGUCUCAGCGGCCAACAAGGUCUUUGAUUUGUCUGCUGGGGAUCGUUCACUAAAACCAGCUCGGCCCUCAGCAAAGGCCUUCUUGGACAUUCUGGCGCGUGUGCAGGCUGUCGUCUCUGAGGCGAUGAUAACAGCUCCAACCACUGUUCGCUCUCGUCAAAGAAAGAACUCCCGACGGUCACCAGCUCUUCGAUCCGCCUUCUGCCAAACUUCGUUCUUCCGGCCCGCCGUCAGUCCCUCCGAAGAACUGGGUAUGUUAAGUCGGUUUGCUUUUUGUGAAGAAGAGGAAAACGUUUUGGACCAGUAUUUAAUCGACUCUAAGUGGUCGGCGGCUCUUGCUUGUUCACUGAAACCAUAUGACAUCUGUGAUAUUGGUGCUUGA